AGCUAGUAGCUAUAUAUAAAAGUGGUAUGUCUUCUUCUUUUAUUUUUCUCUCUCCUCCCAAAAAUUUCCAGCUUUUUUUUUAUCUAAUUUAAUUUCCAUUUUUAAUUAAUUUUUCCCGGCGCUUUAGCUUUCCUUUUUCAGCUCGCCGUUUUCAAAGAGUAUAAGGCUAUCAAGGCAAACAAACAAAUCACUGUACAACCGAGCGACUUGGGUAACCUAGAGCUUUUGGAUUGGGUAGGUUUUCUUAUAGUAUUGGGUUUUGAUUACAUGAUCUUGUUCUUGUAUUGUAUUUGCGAGGUUUACUUUGAGGGCUCUAUUAUGGAUUUCUGUAUGUAGCUCAACUUGAGGAAAUUGGGUUAUAUUUUUUGGUGAAAAGAGGGGAAAUCAGGCGUGGCUUUGGAAAGCUAUUUGGAUUCCAGCCAUCAGGGGUCGGUGCCGCUCAUGGCACCUUCUCGGAUGGUUGGAGGAUUGUCUCAAACUUCAGGAAGUUCUGGUAUUUUUUUCCAAGGAGAUUCACAGUCUCACUUGAGUCCGUCUUUUGGGAACACUGCCAAUUCAAUUUCUGGAACAGGGCGGUUGAACCACCUAGGUCAAGUUUCUGGUGACGUGAACCACACGGUUCUCAACGGUGUGGCUAAUUCGGGCCCAAGUGUUGGAGCUAGUUCUUUGGUCACUGAUGCAAACUCAGGCUUCUCAGGUGGUCCCCAGUUGCAAAGAAGCGCCAGCAUCAACACUGAAUCCUACUUACGGUUGCCAGCAUCACCAAUGUCGUUUACUUCCAAUAAUAAUGUUAGUAUUUCUGGUUCCUCCAUAAUAGACGGGCCAUCAACGGGCCAUCCGGGUUCUCAUCAUGACCCUAACUCUCAACAACAAGCUAUUCAGUCUCAACAUCAUUUUCCACAAGGUGCUUCAUCAUUGCAAGGAUCUCAAACGGGCCAACUCCCGCAUCCUUUAGGGUCAAGGAUUCCCAACUCGUUCAUCCAAGAUCCUGCUAAUACUUCCCAUCUGCAGAAGAAACCGCGGCUGGAUAUAAAGCAAGAAGAUAUUUUUCAACAGCAAGUCUUACAUCAAUUGCUGCAAAGACAGGAUCCUAUGCAGAUGCAAAACCACAACUCACAGUUGCAGGCUAUCUUUCAGCAUCAGAGGAUGCGGCAGCAGCAACAGAUGUAUCAGUCAAUGCCACCGUUGCAGAGGGCUCAGUUACAGCAGCAACAACAGCAGCAUCAGCAACAGCAGCAGCAACAACAGUUGAGGCAGCAACUUCAACAAAACUUCCAACAGCAAAUUACAGCUUCCAUGAAGCAUCCCUAUGACACUGGAGGUGUAUGUGCUCGUCGUCUGAUGCAAUACCUGUAUCAUCAGCGGCAACGACCACAAGAAAAUACUAUUGCCUAUUGGAGGAAAUUUGUGGCAGAGUACUACGCCCCUCGUGCUAAGAAAAGGUGGUGCUUGUCUUUAUACGAGAAUGUUGGACAACAUGCAUUAGGGGUUUUCCCGCAAGCAUCUAUGGAUGCUUGGCACUGUGACAUAUGUGGCUCCAAGUCUGGAAGGGGGUUCGAAGCAACAUAUGAAGUACUCCCUCGACUGAAUGAAAUUAAAUUUGGAAGUGGCGUAAUAGAUGAGCUUUUGUUUGUUGAUGUGCCUCGUGAACGUAGAUUUGGUAACGGAAUAAUGAUGUUGGAAUAUGGAAAAGCUGUUCAGGAGAGCGUGUAUGAGCAACUUCGUGUAGUUCGCGAGGGUCAGCUCAGAAUCAUAUUCACCCAGGAACUAAAGAUCUUAUCAUGGGACUUUUGUGCACGGCGCCAUGAGGAACUACUUCCUAGGAGGCUUGUUGCUCCUCAGGUGAAUCAGCUGCUUCAGGUUGCACAAAAAUGUCAAAGCACACUUGCUGAAAGUGGACCUGAUGGAGUUUCUUCACAAGAUUUACAAACGAACAGUAAUAUGGUUGUAACAGCUGGUCGGCAGCUUGCUAAGAGUUUGGAGUUACAAUCACUCAAUGACUUGGGAUUCUCUAAAAGAUAUGUUAGGUGUUUGCAGAUUGCUGAGGUUGUUAACAGCAUGAAAGAUCUUGUAGAUUUUUGCCGGGACAAUAAAGUUGGUCCUAUAGAGGGAUUGAAAAGCUAUCCUCGACAUAGCUCUGCAUCGAAGCUACAAAUGCAAAGGAUACAGGAAAUGGAGCAACUUGCUGGUAGUCAAGGUCUGCCAACUGACAGGAACACUAUCAAUAAACUCAUGGCAAUGCAGCAACAACCAGGGAUGAACCACCCUAACCCUAAUUUGGGCAACAACAACAACACUAAUUUGCUUGCUAAUAACAACAGAGGCUCGAUAAGCGGUCAAGCAGCCGCUGCUUUAGCAUUGACCAACUACCAAAACAUGAUGAUUAGACAAAAUUCUAUGAACUCAAACCCUAACUCACUUCAGCAGGAACAACCGUCUUCUUCACAAAAUAAUAACCAAAGUCCAUCUUCUUCUUUCCAAGGUGGUGGGGGUUCUUCAAGUGUUCUUCCAGGGUCAAUUCAGAACUUUCCAGGUGGUGGUGGGUUUUCUUCGAAUCAGCAAUUUGUUGCUCAACAGAAUCAACAACAACAACAACCGUCACAACCAGGAAAUCAGGCGUUGCAGCAGCACGUGAUUCAGCAACUGUUGCAAGAUAUGUCUGGAAAUAAUGCAGCAACCGGACAACAGAAAACCCUUAGUGGUGGUCAAACUAUGAACCCGAGUGCGGCCUCAAGUGGGUUAGGGUACGGAAACAAUGGUACACCAGUAACACCCGCUGUCUCGAGCAACGUUCCUGGUGGUGGAGGUGGGGGUGCGGGACCCACUCUAAGCAAGAGCAACAGUUUUAAGGCUCCCACCAACAGUGACUCUUCUGCAGCUGGAGGUGGUUCUAAUGGUGGUUUUAAUGGUGGUUCCAAUGGUGGUUUUAAUCAGAAAGCGUCAGAAAUACAGCAAAAUCUGCAUCAGAAAGUGUCAGAAAUACAGCAAAAUCUGCAUUUGUCAGAUGAUAUGGUUCCAGAUUUGCCUCAUGAUUUUUCAGAUACUGGGUUUUUUGGCAGUGACCUUGAUGAUAAUAUUGGCUACGGAUGGAAGGCGUGAAAUUGGGCAUACAACUAACUGUUCGAUUCUGGUUUGAGCAUAAUCCUGAUAAUAGGUGUGUUCAAGAAUCAUUGUACAGGAUAUUGAGAUAGUUUUCUCGAAUUCUACUCCUCUUUUUUUGUGGGGUUUUUUAAGUUCAGGAGUUCUUAUUAAAAAGAAAUAUCUAGCUCCUCAAGUAGGUUUUACAGCAACAAGUCCUGGUCUUUUUUCUUUUUCUGAUUUGAGUCUUGGAAGUGUAAUUUAUCAAAAUGAAACUUAAUGCUACAGUUUAGUUGGCUUUGUGAAA